AAAUGUAUAUACUUUAUGGCAGGAUUAGUGACGUGUCUUGAUUCGUGUCGAAUUUAUUAGGGUUAAAAACAAGGAAUGAUUUUUUAAAUAUAUUUUAUUGAAUAUUUAAUAAAAAAAAAUGUUGACAAAAUUUGAAACAAAAUCUGCUCGUGUAAAAGGAUUAUCUUUUCAUCCAAAACGUCCGUGGGUUCUUGCAAGUUUGCACAAUGGAGUCAUUCAGUUAUGGGAUUAUCGUAUGUGUACUUUAUUAGAUAAAUUUGAUGAACAUGAUGGACCAGUUCGUGGAAUAUGUUUCCACAAUCAACAACCAUUAUUUGUAUCUGGUGGAGAUGAUUAUAAGAUUAAAGUAUGGAAUUACAAACAGAGAAGAUGUAUUUUUACCUUAUUAGGUCAUUUAGAUUAUAUUAGAACAACUGUAUUUCAUCAAGAAUAUCCAUGGAUUUUAAGUGCAUCUGAUGAUCAAACUAUUCGUAUUUGGAACUGGCAAAGUCGCACUUGUAUUUGUGUCUUAACUGGACAUAAUCAUUAUGUAAUGUGUGCACAAUUUCAUCUUACUGAAGAUAUUAUUGUAUCAGCUUCUUUAGAUCAAACAGUUAGAGUAUGGGACAUUUCUGGCUUAAGAAAAAAAAAUGUAGCUCCUGGACCAGGAGGAUUAGAAGAUCAUUUAAAAAAUCCUGGUACCACAGAUCUAUUUGGUCAAGCUGAUGCUGUUGUAAAACAUGUUUGAGGUCAUGAUAGAGGUGUUAAUUGGGCAUGUUUUCAUCCAACAUUACCAUUGAUUGUUUCUGGAGCUGAUGAUCGUCAAAUUAAAAUGUGGCGAAUGAAUGAUGCUAAAGCUUGGGAAGUUGAUACUUGCCGUGGACAUUACAACAAUGUUUCUUGUGUUUUAUUCCAUCCUAGACAAGACUUAAUUCUUUCAAAUUCAGAAGAUAAAAGUAUUCGUGUUUGGGAUAUGUCUAAACGUACUUGCUUGCAUACAUUUAGAAGAGAACAUGAAAGAUUUUGGGUUCUUGCUGCACAUCCUACUUUAAAUCUUUUUGCUGCUGGUCAUGAUUCUGGAAUGAUUAUUUUCAAACUAGAAAGAGAACGACCUGCAUAUGCCGUAUAUGGAAAUGUUCUUUAUUAUGUAAAAGAACGUUUUCUUAGAAAAUUAGAUUUUACUACUUCAAAAGAUACAUCUGUUAUGCAAAUACGCGGAGGUGGAAAGACACCUCCUUAUAGUAUGUCAUAUAAUCAAGCUGAAAAUGCUGUUUUAAUCUGUACAAGAUCACCUAAUAAUGUCGAAAAUAGCACUUAUGAUCUCUACAUAAUACCACGUGAAGGUGAUUCAAAUACUGAUGCUGAUACAAAGCGGGCUUCGGGUGUCACAGCUAUCUGGGUUGCAAGAAAUCGUUUUGCUGUGUUAGAUAGAGCAUAUUCGUUGGUUAUCAAAAAUUUAAAAAAUGAAGUUACAAAAAAAGUGCAAAUUCCAAACUGUGACGAAAUAUUUUAUGCUGGCACUGGAAUGCUUCUUUUACGCGAUGCUGAUCAAGUAACACUCUUUGAUGUUCAGCAAAAAAGAACAUUAGCUGAAGUAAAAAUUUCUAAAUGUCGAUACGUCGUUUGGUCUAGCGAUAUGUCUCAUGUUGCUUUACUUGCAAAACAUACUGUUAAUAUUUGUAAUCGACGAUUAGAAUCCUUGUGUUCUGUACAUGAAAAUACUAGAGUAAAAUCUGGAGCAUGGGACGAUUCUGGAGUAUUUAUUUAUACUACUAGUAAUCAUAUCAAAUAUGCAAUUAACAAUGGUGAUCAUGGCAUUAUCCGUACUUUAGAUCUCCCGAUAUAUGUAACACGAGUCAAAGGCAAUCAAGUUUAUUGUUUAGACAGAGAAUGCAGACCAAGAAUUCUUCGAAUAGAUCCGACUGAAUACAAAUUUAAAUUGGCUUUAAUUAAUAGAAAGUAUGAGGAGGUUUUGCACAUGGUUCGCAAUGCAAAUCUUGUUGGCCAAUCCAUAAUUGCAUAUUUGCAACAGAAGGGAUAUCCCGAAGUUGCUUUACAUUUCGUUAAAGAUGAAAAAACUAGAUUUGGUCUUGCACUCGAAUGCGGAAAUAUCGAAGUCGCUCUAGAAGCUGCAAGAUCGCUUGAUCAAAAAUCUUGUUGGGAGAGUUUAGCUCAAGCAGCCUUAUUGCAAGGCAAUCAUCAAGUUGUUGAAAUGUGUUAUCAAAGAACUAAAAAUUUUGAAAAAUUAGCAUUCCUUUAUCUUAUAACUGGUAAUUUGGAAAAAUUACGUAAAAUGAUAAAAAUUGCAGAAAUUAGAAAAGAUGUAUCUGGGCAAUAUCAGGGUAGUUUGUUACUUGGUGAUAUUUAUGAACGUGCAAAAAUAUUACGGAAUUCUGGUCAAGCUUCUUUAGCUUAUGUAACGGAAAAAAUUCAUGGUAUAUCAUCUCCAGAAGACGAUAUUCAAUAUAGUUCUAUGAGUGAAGAACUUUCUGCUCUUGAAAAAGGAGCAGAAUAUCUUCGACCUCCAGUACCAAUUCAACAAGCCGAGAAUAACUGGCCAUUAUUAACAGUAUCAAAAGGUUUCUUUGAAGGAGCAAUGAUGUCACGUGGAAAGAGUCAAGUAGCUGCUGCUUUAGCUCCGGAAGAUGAUAAUGCCGAGCCAGCCGAAGGAUGGGGUAAUGACGAAGAAUUAGGAAUAGAUGAUGAAGAAGGUGUUGAAAAUGAAAACGUUCCUGAAAGUGAAGAUACUGCAGGAUGGGAUGUCGAAGAAGUAGAUUUACCGCCAGAACUUGAAACCACAACAGUUGUGGUAGAAGAUGGCUAUUAUUCACCGCCAACAAAAGGAAUAUCACCUACUCAACAUUGGGUGAAUAAUUCUCAAUUAGUCGUAGAUCAUAUAUUAGCUGGAUCGUUCGAAACAGCAUUUAGAUUAUUAAAUGAUCAAAUUGGCGUAGUUGAAUUUGAAGCAUAUCAAAGUCUUUUCAUGAAUACUUUCAUACGUGCUAAAACAUCGUUUGCUUCGUUACCAAAUAUACCUUCAUUGUAUGGAUAUCCUCAAAGAAAUUGGAAAGAUACAAGUCCAAAAAGUGGUCUUCCUGCAGUUGGAUUACAUCUUACAGAUUUAGUUCAACGACUUCAAAUAUGUUAUCAUUUGACAACUGGCGGAAAAUUUCCGGAAGCAAUAGAAAAAUUGCAAGCGAUUUUACUUAGUGUAUCAUUAUUAGUUGUUGAUACAAGACAAGAUAUUGUAGAAGCACAACAGUUGAUUCAGAUUUGUAGAGAAUAUAUUCUAGGUUUGAAAAUGGAAACUGAAAGAAAAAAUCUACCUAAAACUACUUUAGCUGAACAGAAACGGAUUUGUGAAAUGGCAGCCUACUUUACACAUUGCAAUUUGCAACCUGUUCAUCAAAUUCUUACUUUAAGAAUAGCUGUAAAUAUGUUUUUCAAAUUAAAGAAUUAUAAAACUGCUGCUUCAUUUGCUAGAAGAUUACUUGAAUUAGGUCCUAAACCUGAAUUAGCACAACAAGUUAGAAAGAUAUUACAGGCAUGUGAUAAAAAUCCGAUAGAUGAACAUCAAUUAGUAUAUGAUGAACAUAAUCCGUUUUCAUUAUGUGCAAGUACAUAUGUUCCAAUUUAUAGAGGAAAACCAGAAGUCAAAUGUCCGUUGUGCGGCGCAACUUACUUACCGCAAUUUAAAGAUACAAUAUGUAAAGUUUGUGAAGUUGCAUUAAUUGGAAAGCAAUGUAUGGGUUUAAGGAUAAGUCCUAUACAAUUACGAUAAUUUUUUGCUAUUUUUAUGUAUUAAUAUAUCAAUAAUGUUGAUGUCGUUUUAUAAUUUUUUCAUUAUGUUAAAUGUAAAAGAUAUUAUGUCAUUCCAGUAAAUAUUGUAAAUAUUACAAAAGACUAUAUAUAUAUAUAUUCCAAU